UGAUUAUGAUCAUUAACCAUGACUAUUCAAUAAAAGUCAUCGCCUACAGUAUAUAUAGGCCUAGAGGCCGAAGGAAUGGAGCUCUAUCUUUAUAUCUCUCAUUUACUACAAAUUCUCUACAACCUAUAUCAAAGAGACAUUACACUUCAUACAUUGGGGAUUCUCAUAUGAGAGAUAAGACAGACACUACUCUUAGGUCUAUACCUACCUCUACGGUAGUACUCAAAUCCCCUUAUAAACCCACUCUAGCGACUUCCCCUACUCCUAGCAUAAAGCUGGUCAAGCUGGUAAAAUAUUUAUUUCAGACAGAAAUAUUGACACCCACAGUAGAGCUUAAUAAAACUUUCCAAGGACACACAUCAAAAUCACAUUCAUGA